GUCCUCUUUGAAAAAACAAUGUUGUGUGGAAAUCAACAGAACAUGGUUAAUCAGAAUGUGUAUCUUGUGUGGUGUAAUAACGUCUUGAAGUUCGAUCCAUUGAGCGGUUUGAACACGGCUCACGGCUGAUUUAUUAGUGACGUCACAACCGUCAUGAAGGAAGUGACACAGUUUUAAAUCUCCAAAAAAAAAAUAAAUCAAAAAAAUGUACAUUUUUUCUGCUUCCUAAACGUGCAUACGGAUGUGUUCCUAUAGUGAAUCUUAAAUAUUAUAGCGUAUGAUGAAUAUACAUCCCUUAAAACUUGCAAGUAGAUACAGUAGGUUUAUUAACCUAACUUUUCGAAACUUUUCAAGAGAUUCAACAAUUUCUAGUCAAAAAAGCUCAAAUGGUUUACUUAAAUAUGACUGUAAUCAACAAUUUAAAAUACAUAAAAAUAGUAUUAGCGUAAGCGUAGCAGUAAAGGGGAGUGCUGCUCGAGCGGAGACCACUACUACCACACAGGGUUUAAGUAAAUUGCAGGCGCAGGAGUUAAUACUGAGACUCAAUAGUGAAGAAAGAACGCUUCUGUAUUCUGCGUUACAAGAGUACCAAUCGAAGCUUAUUAAAGAUGAAUACCAAGGUCAGUUAGCCGCAUCUCGUUGGCGAAGUAAAUUCGGAAGACCGUCUAAAUUACCGAGGUUAGGGGAUGUUGAUCCUACCGGCUCUUAUUGCCUUCUUCCAGAGGAUUGGCUCAUGAAAAAGUGUGUGGAGUCUGUUCCACCGCCCUCCAUGAACAAUCUAGUCAACAUUGCCAUAGCAAACGCCAUUCCAUUUAUAGGCUUCGGAUUUCUAGACAACUUCUUCAUGAUACUCUUCGGCGACCAGAUCGACUUUUAUUUGGGUUCCUAUUUCUGUUUAUCUACAAUGGCUGCUGCGGCGCUAGGUAACACGUUCUCGGAUGUAUUAGGUUUAGGUUCGGCUUAUUAUGUAGAAAGAUUAGCGACUAGAAUAGGAUAUACGCCUCCAAAGCUAUCGCCAAUACAAAUGGAAAUGCCGAUUUCAAGGCACUCCGCAAAUGUCGGUCGAGUCGUCGGAGUAGUUUUAGGAUGUCUUCUCGGAAUGUUUCCACUAAUGUUUACCGGGGACCAUAAAAAGGAGGAGAAGGUUACCGUUGUCGCUCCAAUUUGAUGUGGUGAAUUUUUGUCAUUUCUUCUUUCUUGCGAUGUUUAGAUAUCUGAAAAGUUCUGAAUGUUUCUGUAUGUAAAUGGAAGUAGAAAAUUUUAAUGUAUCUCAAAAUCCGAACAAUGCUAAAUCAGGUUGUCGUGGACAAUAAUUAUAUUUAAGUCAACCGGCAUUGUCCUCCUUAACUAUUUUAAUAUUUGGUAUAUUCUCACAACUGAGAACUGAAAAGAGUCAUACUCUCGUUAAUGUAUUUAAUAGUGAAUUGUUUGUAUAUUGUGUUAUAUAGUAUGGUAAAUAUUCUUGUUAAUUUGUAGAAUUUUAUCACGUUUUUAUAAGCAAUAUUUAUUUGUAAUUUAGGUUCUAUUUUACUUUGUGACAAUUUAAGACUUAUACGCCUACUUUACUAUUCUGCUACAUUUUUGGCUGUUAAUGUAAAAACAUGUAAUAGGUUUUAGGCAGUAGUACUAUACUGCUUUUUGCAUUUGUAGCAACGAAAUAGUUUUUCCGCCUUGUUAUGUAUUCUUAGUAAUAAACUCUAUUAUUCAUUCGGUCUUCCUAAAUUUCACUUAUGAAUGACAUAUCACUAUUUACACUAGUAAACCUUGCCUUGCAUAUUAUUAGAAUGUGUGCGCUCUACGCAUUAUAUUGUCAUGGGCUUUUAAAACCCCAAAGUAUAUUUGAUACAAUAUUAUAAAAGCUCUAUUUUACGAUUACUUACAUAAAUGUAUCUACUGAAAGUAGCAGUCCAUUAUUCGAGCUUAUCUCAUCUGUCCAAUUACAAUUUACAAUCUAUUGUAUACAUCGUACCUACAAUGUAAUUAAGAGAAAUAAAUUCUAUUCAUUGUA